AUGAGCGGCAGAGUUGAUAGAACUCUGCCGAUUUCCCCUAACAUCAGCGCUCCCUUCCAAGCCCUCUGUGCAGUGUACUACGAUGUCCGACAACUCAGUCACCAUUGCAGUGGAGACUGCGCAGACGUUUGAUUUCGCCCUCCUUGCAACGUCAGUUCUGUCUGUGUACAGAUUCCUCCUCAACCUAGAUCAAGAGAUUGAUCUCGUAUGGAAGGGCAAAAACUCGAAGAGCUCCAUGACAUUAUACGGAAUACUUACCUACGGCGGAAUAUUGCAAGCUAUCUUUGUAUCUCUUCCGAUGCUGGGCAACAAUAAACUCAGUCAAAACGUGAGUUUGGCCAAUGUCUCUAUGAGUAUGGCUAUACUGCCCGCAGUUCUCACUUUCGGUCUGAGUGCGAUGAUGACAUCGAGGGUGUAUGCGAUGUACGGCAGGUCUCGGCGAGUACUAGUGUUUCUUGGCACUUGUUUUGCGACUACGCAAACUCUCAACAUUGUCGCAACCGUAGUCUUAUUGGUCACCAUGGGUGUUACUGUGGCGGAAGAGUCACCAGGAGUCUGCUAUUUCACAUUCCCCCUUUAUGCUGAUUGGCUUGUUAUUGCGAGCGCUAUCGCAAUUUGUGCCAACGAAGUCAUGUUGCUUUUCAUGGUGGUUUAUAGUAUGAUCGUGAGCCUCAGAGACGGUCUCAGUGGUCCACUAUGGAGCUUAAACACUCUCCUAUCCAUCGUGGCUAGAGAUCACGUCUUUUAUUUUCUUAUUGCGUCCCUCAAUUGGAUAGUCCAAAUGAUCUCUUACUUCCCUAUGCGCUCUGUAUCACUGGCGACCUUUUUGCUAUGGGUCGUGUUCACAAACGCGAUAUCAAUCUUUGGGAAUUGCAUGUUGGGCCCGAUCAUGUUUCUCAGUAUUCGACGCUUUGACGCCAAACAAGCCGAACACGGAGAACCCUGGACAGUGGAGAUGGAUGGUAUUCAAUUCGCUGUAGUCGAAGGCCGUUCCCAAUGCACAGGUGAAAGGUCUGCAAGUACCUUCACGGCCGUUUGA